GCCGAGGAGAACCGGGAGGCGGUCAUCAGGUCGUUGAGCGAUUUGGAUCCUAACAUUCGCCGGGAGGCGCUGCAUCUUGUCAUGGGCGUGGUCUUCGAGACCAACGUGGUUGAGAUUUCCGUUCUUUUGAUUGGCUAUGCGUUGAGGUCGGAUCCCGUGUUUGCUAAUGAGAUUCUUGGUGCUAUGUUGAGCUCUUGCGGGCGGAACUACUAUGAGAUUGUUCAGGAUUUCGAUUGGUAUGUUUCGGUCCUUGGAGAGAUGGCGAGGAACCCGCACUGUGAGAAGGGGGUGGAGAUUGAGAGGCAGCUUGUAGAUAUCGGUUUGAGGGUGAGGGACGCGAGGCCGGAGCUUGUGAGGGUUGCUAGGGAUCUGUUGAUGGAUCCUGCGUUGCUCGGCAAUCGUUUUCUUGAUAAGAUUCUGUCCGCAGCGGCUUGGGUUUCUGGGGAGUAUGUUGAGUUUUCGAAGAAUCCGAUAGAGUUAUUGGAAGCCCUACUGCAGCCGAGGACAAACCUGCUGCCUCCGUUGGUAAGAGCUGUUUAUAUACAGGCUGUGUUUAAAGUUCUUGUCUUCUGUUUGGGUUCGUACAUUGAGAAGAAAGAAACAAAUGUUAGUUUUGAAACUAGUGAUUAUAGUGCUGUUGAGAGUGAGGAUGAUUUUGGUACUUCGCUAAAACUAGAGAACAUGAAACCCUUGACUCAUGAGUCUCUAGUGUACUUGUUGAAUUUGGUCGAGACGGCUGUUGGGCCACUAUAUGAAUGUGAUGGAGUGCAGGUUCAGGAGAGGGCGAGGAAUGUGCUCGGUUUGAUCCGCAUGUUAAAAGAGGUUCCAGGUUGGGAAACAGAGGAGGGUUUUAGGAAAAAUCGCAGAAUUCGGGAAAUUGUAGGGUUCGUUACCGGGGCAUUUUCUGAAGAACUAGGUCCUGUUUUGCUGCAUGCACAGCAGAAAAUUCCUGUUCCUGAGGGGCUCAUUCUUAAGGAAAAUCUUGCUGAUUUGGACAUAGUUUUGGGUGAUCGUGAUAUUAUUUCUACUUCCUCAACCUCAUUUUCUCUACGAAGCCAUCGACAAAGGGAAAUAGAAGAGGAAUCUGAACCAGCCAUCGAGUCAACUGCUUUGCUUGCAGAACAUCGUAAGCGACAUGGCUUAUUCUACCUUCCUACUGAAAAAGAGGAAUCUGGAUCGAAUGAUUAUCCAAAAGCUAACGAUCCCAUAUUAUCAGCUAGCAAUGAUGAACCCACCAGCGAUCUACUGAAGCUCACCGAGCAGUCACUUAUCCACAGGAAGCCAAAACCUGCAAAGCCUCGACCAGUAGUAGUAAAAUUAGAUGACGGAGACACUCCAUCAACUUCUCUGAAACCAGUGAAGGAGUCGAAAGAUGAUAAGCUAUCUGGUGCAAUUCGGGAUAUCCUUCUGGGAAAUAAAGAAACAGUUCCGGCAUCAUCGCGCAAAGAAACUUCAGAGAAGUCUUCAAGAAGAAGGUCAAAGGAUAUACCAAUAAGUAGCGAAACCAGCUCUCUCACAAAAGAAAAUAUGGACGAGAUAAGACAUGAGGGAUCAAGUUCGAGAAGUAAGCACCACAAUAAAGACAAACAUCGAAGUCAUCGAGGAAAGGAGGACAACAAAGAGAAGGAACAUAAAAGUUCAUCAAGGCAUGGAAAGCAAAAAGACAAGCAUAGACAAAGAGAGGAAGCUUCUUUAAAUGUGGUUCCUCAAGCACCCAUCAUCCAAGAUUUUCUCUUAUAGUUGGUUUCUUCUUCUUGGAUUUGUGUACAUCCGGGUGCUGUUUUGAAGAACGAUUUUCUUUUGUGUGAUUCAUCACUUUUGUGCUGUUCUGAAGGUCAGUUUGAUGUCCUUUGCCUCUCCUAUUUGACUAUUGUCAUGCAUUGUGUGUUAUCCUUUUCAAUGUUUCUUUUACGGAUAAAUGUUUCGCCAUUUGAAUCUUAAAAUCUUAACUAAUACAUUGUGACAGAUAUAAAAUACCACACAAUGACCUUUGG